AUGAAUCCUGCAUCCACCAGGCGUGGGUCCAGCCGCUCAACUUCAGGACCUCGAAUCUUGGAUGCUUCCUCCCCUUUGGAGUCACAGUUGUAUGUUGCCUCUGCUGCACCUCACCGGAGACCUUCAGUACCUGGAACACCAACCAGCCAGGGACCUUCAAUACCUGGAACACCAUCCCGCCUGGGACCUUCAGUACCUGGAACACCAACCAGCCAGGGACCUUCAAUACCUGGAACACCAUCCCGCCUGGGACCUUCAGUACCAGGAACACCAAUCAGCCAGGGACCUUCAAUACCCGGAACACCAACCAGCCAGGGACCUUCAAUACCCGGAACACCAUCCCGCCAGCGAUCUUUUGUACACGCCACACCAUCCAACCAGAGACCUUUAGUACGGGGCACAUCAUCCACCAGGUCCUUGCAGUCAGUGCACAGAGAUCGCAGUGCAGACAAAUUACCAAAGAAACACACCCAGCAGGAGAAUGUGCCGCCAACUCGACCGCUCCAAGGGACUAAGAAACCUGAAACAGUCAAAACACAGGCUGAGAGCCAGGACAAGGAAGUAAAAAGAUUCAGAGAGAGCUUCUGGUAUUUUUGUUUCUCAGCCAAUGGGAUGUUGAAGAUCUUGAGGAUGUGCAUGACUGCAACCUCGGUGUUUUGUUUCAUCAUUGGCGGUGCCCAGGACAUGUUUGUAGCCAUCAUGAUUCAGGAAACCUGCAUCGUUUUAUUUUUCAUCAUAAUCUAUUUGGUAAUCCUUCAAAACACGAUGACCUGUAUCCACUGGCCUCUGCUUGAUCUGAUCAACACUCUCAUUUCAAUGGCAUUUCUUGGAAUAGUUGGCAUACUAGUCAUUGGAGAAAAAGAUAUAGAGGAUCUGCUGUAUAUUGGUGGG